UGUAGCUAAACCAACACAGCAAACAAGACAAUCAGACGAUCAUCCGGCGAUCCCAUGAUCAUGGGAGUGACUUGCCGAAUUCAAUGUCUCCGGUCUUAUCUCUGGGCAUGACGAAGAGUGGAGGUGAGUUGAGGUCCUUCUCUGAGAUGCUGAGGCCUAUAAAAGAUGCUGUCCCGAAAGAAAAACAAACCACAUAGAUACCUCAAGCAGCAUUAGAGACCCCUGUGGCAUCUUUUCAUUCUCACCAUGUGGAAGGCAGCACUCUUGACCCUGGGUUUGUUGGUGGCACUGGUAGACAGGGUGCGGUCCAAUGACGGCCAUCCCUCUUUCUAUGGGGUGAAACUGUGUGGAAGAGAGUUCAUACGAGCUGUCAUCUUUACCUGUGGUGGUUCUCGCUGGAGGAGAAGCAUAGGAGACUCAGCUCUUAUUGGAGAAGAGGCCUUUGACCCAUGGAACACAAAUCCCAUCCCUCAACUUAUCGAUGAGCAGGAUCCUGCAGAGUCCAAAGUAUGGAGAGAUCAAACAAUAAAUGAGGCAUCUGUGGCUGCUGGAUUCAGCCGCUCAGCUCGCUCACCAAUCUCAGAGGAGGUGCUGGAGGCUCUACGGAGUGCAGAUAGGAAAGGACGGGAUGUAGUAGUUGGACUGUCCAACGCCUGCUGCAAGUGGGGCUGUAGCAAGAGUGAAAUCAGUUCUCUGUGCUGAACCUAGUUUCCUAAAUAUACAUCCUGUCUUGUCAAUAAUGCAGAGCUCUAC